UGUAUCUUAAUAUCAAAAGAUCCCUUUGAAAGUGAAAACUUUAAAAGCUGUUUAUUUUAUCUCAUAAAUAUUCAUUGCAUGUCCCCCGUAAGCCCUUCAUUCUUUUCUCUGAGCCUUCUUUUAAAAUAAAAAUAAAAAUCAAAGGUAUCUGUUUAUAAAUAAAUCAACAAAAAAAAUUCAAUGGAACAAAAAAGAAGGAUGAAGAUUUGGUGUGAAGUGUGUGAUAAAGAAGAAGCCAUAGUGUUUUGCCCAGCUGAUGAAGCUGCUCUUUGUGGUGUGUGUGAUCAUAAUGUUCAUCAUGCAAAUAAGCUUGCUACUAAACACUGUCGUUUUGCUCUUCUUCAACCCGAUGAUUCCCCUCUUUGUGAUAUCUGUCAGGAGAAAAGGGCACUUCUGUUUUGUCAAGAAGAUAGAGCAAUACUUUGUAGAGAAUGUGAUAUUCCAAUUCACAAAGCCAAUGAACAGACCACGAAACAUAACAGGUUUCUUCUCACAGGCGUUAAGCUUUCUUCUUCUUCUUCUUCUUCUUCUUCUUCUACUGGUUUCCCUCCUGCUUUAAACACAGUUUCAUCUUCCUCUAAUGGCGGUUAUGGUGGUCAAACCAUUUGUUCUGAAGCUGAAACUACUUCACAGUCCAAUAACGAAAUUGAGAAGCCAUUGACGACUUACAGGAUCGAACAUAAUUACACCAUCGGCGAUGACGACGUUUUGGUUUCAAUGAGUAUAUCGGAGUACUUGAUGGAAACUUUACCUGGUUGGCGUGUCGAUGAUUUUCUUGAACCUUCAUCAUAUGCUGCAUGUUAAAAGUUCACAAAUGAAGAAGAAAAAAUGAAACAAAGAAAUACUAUUUGGUUACAGAGAAAACAAGAGAAACUAAAGAGAAUAUUUUGAGAAGAAAAGAUACUCUGAACUUUACAAUUUAUAGCCAAUUGACUCUAUAACAGACUCAACAAAGUUAGCGUUUAGCUCA